AUGAGUGCCGUUGACUUAAAAAACCAGGGAAAUAAGUUGUUUGCUGCGAGAAAGUACGACGAUGCUAUAUCAUGCUACACGAAAGCUAUCGCUAAAAACCCAAACACAGCAACAUUCUUCACCAACAGAGCAUUGUGUUACCUCAAACAAAGACAGUGGGAUUUUGCUAGUAAAGACUGUCAUAGAGCCUUAGAUUUAGACAGACUUUUAGUUAAAGGACAUUUUUUUCUAGGACAAUCUUUGGUUGAACAAGGAUUGUAUGAUGAAGCUAUUGCCAGUCUUAAGAAAGCCUUUGAUCUUGCUAAAGAUCAAAAAUUGAAUUUUGGAGAUGAUAUAACAGGAGCCUUGAGACUUGCAAAAAAGAAAAGGUGGAAUAAACUAGAAGAUAAAAGAAUUCAGCAAGAAAUUUGUUUACAGUCUUAUAUCAAUAAAUUAAUAAGGGAGGAUGCAGAAAGGUUUCUGCCAGAGGACAUAUAUUACCUUGCCUGGCAAGCUAUCUUUUACUUUUUAACCAAAAAAAAGAUAACAGAAUUAAACAGAUUAUUUAGUGAGGUUGAUGAGAGAAGACGGAAAAGAGAUGUACCAGAUGUUUUAUGUGGUAAAAUAAGUUUUGAAGUAAUGAGAGAUCCAGUAAUAACUCCAAGUGGUAUAACCUAUAAUAAACAAGACAUUAUAGAACAUUUACAGCGUGUUGGUCAUUUUGAUCCAGUAACAAGAAGUGCAUUAACACAAGAACAAUUAAUUCCUAAUCUAGCUAUGAAAGAAGUGAUAGAUAAUUUUCUAGAGGAUAAUGCCUGGGCAGAGGAUUAUUAA